AUGUCUAAACAAUCGAGAUAUGGUAGUCAAGACCGACUAAGUUCUGACACGAACCAAGAAUCAUCGAUCUCAACAAUGAACAAGAAAAAGCUAUCACACUUCUCCGAAUCAUCAAUCGAUAAUAGUGAUACUGUUGAAGCAGAAACUAACCAAACUACCAGCCUAAUAAGUAAUAGAUGUGCUGACUAUGCGAAUACCGAAGAAAAUAUAGUAGAAGGUGAAGGAGAUGUUGAAGAGGAAGAAGCUAGCUCGGCAUCCGUAUGGGUAGAAACCAAUUGGAACAAGAAACCGACUUGUCUUCUACUAUGUUUCUUGAUGUUUCUUAUAUGUCUUUCAGAUAUGCUAUAUUUAACACCUUCGAUUACAUUAACUAUGGCAAAGGUUUGUGAAAAUAUCAAGACUGAAAAUGAGCAGACAGGAAAAUAUGAAUGCGAUCAUACUGAGGUCCAAACAAUAGUUUCAGAUAUCCAAUCUGCUACAUUGAUUAUAUCUGGACUGGUCACCACACUAGUAUCACUCAAGUGGGGGAAUGUCUCUGAUAGAAUUGGAAGAGCUAAAGUUUUGGGAUUCAUGGGACUAAUCAAGACUAUCAGUAACUUACUUCGUACGGUGGCAAUUUUACCUCAAGUUGAAUAUAGUAAAUGGUUUAUUAUAAUUACUGGUUCCCUUCAAUCCUUUGCAGGUGGUACUUUUGCAUUCAUGGCAGUUGCUAACUGUUAUGUGUCAGAUAUAACAAGAUCAGAAGAUAGAACUGUCAGUUUAAGUAUGGUUAUGGGCACCAUGCAUGCUACGAUGGGCAUUGGACCAACUUUAGGCUCUAUCCUUAUAUAUCUAACGGGUGGCAAUGAAUUGUUGCCUCUUUAUAUUUCAAUUGUGUUGGUGUUCCUGUUUUCAGUAUUGUCGUCAACUGUAUUACCAGAGACAAGGAAGGGUGAAGAUAUGACCAACUCUCGUAAAAAGCAUCAAAAGGAAAAAGAAGAGAGGGCACAAUCAAAAGCAACUAUAUAUUCAGAAACAUCAUACGGUUUAGAAAGAUUUAGAAGGCUAUUCAAGUAUUAUUUAUUUGGAUUCUUCAGCAUAUAUGCACCAAUGAAGAGAUUAUGGUUAAAACCAACAAGAUCGGGUUCCUUGAUACCAAGAUAUACAGUUCUUAUGGUGCUAGCAAUAGACAUACUAUUAAUGUCUUCUACUGUGGCCCUCGGUCCUAGUAUGAUACUAUUUAAUACUUUUAUGUACAAAUGGACAUCCGUUGAGUUGGGUUAUUUCGUUUCCUUUGCAGGUUUGAGCCGUGCUGUUAUCUUAUCAGGAAUAUCACCCAAAUUUAUUGAUUUCUUAAAGAAAAGAUACAAGACACAUUCCAAGGCUAUUGAUAAAGUGGAUAUUGUCACUAUGCGAGUAGCAAUGAUUUUUGUUGUUGCAGGAUUAUCCAUUAUUGUGUCCAAAAAUGAUCGAUACAUUUAUAUGAUAUUAUGUAUCUCGUUAUCUUCAUUUGGUGCCAUAUGUUCACCAACAGUACAAUCAAGUGUCAUCAAGUAUUGUUCUGAUGGUGAUACAGGAGCAUAUUUUGGAGGUAUGGCUCUUCUCCGUUCAUUUGUAAUGCUUGUUAUGCCUGCUUUACAUUUAAAGAUUUAUGGUUCGUCAGUUGGUUACAAACCCGAUCUAGUCUUUUAUGUGCCAUUAGUAAGUGCAAUCAUAGGAUCCUUUUUAACUUUGUUGCUAAGAUAUCAUGAUGAACGUUCUCUUUCGAAUGCAUCAGCCAGUGAAGAAGAAGAGGGUAGUGAAGACGAAGAAGUAGAGCAACAUGAUGUUUGA